ACUACGUCGACUGGAAAUGCAGGGAAAGGUGAAGCGCAAGACACUUGGACCACUCAAAUCGAACAUAGACAAUUUGAAUUCAGUUAAGCCUAAGCAUGGUUCAGUCAGUGGGGCAGUGGCAAGACAUGUGAGGCGAUGGGUGAGAACGCUGCCAGCUGAUCAGUUAGAGUUUUAUGCUCUUCACCUCCCUAAAGAGCCAUGGAGAAGACUGGCUGAUGUGUGUCACUUCAACCCAGAAAAGGAUUUUCCAAAUCUGCCGUGGUUCCUUCGAUACUGCUAUGGUGAUGCAGCUCCCGAUGGCUCUAUGGUUAAAAGCUGCGGCCACCUGAAUGCAGAGAAUGUCAAUGAGCUGGUCAAAGGUCAUGAUGUACCGUACGCCCAUCUGAAAGAGCUGAAUAACCACCUUGAUGAUGUCAGCAAGGCCCGUAUCGCUAGUUACGAAGAUAAAUUAGACACUUUACUAUGGUACUAUGAGGAGUUGGCAUGUGAGGCUGUAGAUCAGGUGAUUAUGAAGAGAAUGGAGCGUGGAGAUGCUGUCACUCUACCAUAUGGUAAAUUAAUGGAAAGACUACUGACUCUAAAGAUCAUGAGAGAGAAUAUAGACAAACCCGGGUCUUCAUCAAAUGGCAGUGGAUUCAGCACAGGCAGUACAGCCACUGAGGAAUCGCUGAACAAAGCCCCCUUCUAUCAUCUAUUGGUUCCAAUCGCUGAAAAGAUGCUUAGAAACAUCAGUGUACCGUUAGAAACACCGGUUGUUGUGAUUGGUGAUGCCUCACCAUCCAUGAAUGUUGCAAUCCGUACCAGCACUAUCAUAGCUAGUUUGUUAUCGGCAAUUGCUCAUGCGCAAUUGGUGUUCUUCAAUACAUAUCUUGUCAAGCCACCUUUCCUGCCAGAGUCUGUUACCCAGGCAUUGGAACUUGCAGUUACAGUGAAAACCGAUCACAUGACAGCACCUGCUGCUGCAUUGAAACCAUUCUAUGACAAGAAAGAGGUUGUUAAAACUUUUGUGAUUGUGACUGAUGAAUGUGAAAACACAUCCUGUGAUGGAUACCGGUUUGCACCACUGUUCAAGAAGUAUCAAGAGGAGGUGUAUCCUGCUAAGUUGGUGUUUGUCUCAUUUUUAUCCAGCCAGCACAGCCAGGGAUCAAUGAUAACUGCAUUGAAGAACUUGGGUAUUAGUGCGCUUCAGUUCAAACUUGACUCUAACAGGCCAGAUUUGUCGAAAUUGGACAAUCUCCUCGGGAUUUUCUCCACCCAAGACAUGGUCAGUUUUGAUGAACAGGUAUCUAUUAUGAAAGAGAAAGUAAAAGUUCAGGGUAUCCUGUGUGCAUUUAGGAAAACAGACAGUGACAUAACCGCUGUUGAGAAUCAUGAUGAGUUAGACAAUGGUGAAUAUAAGGAGGAUGAAGACACUGAUGGAAUAAAAAUUGAUAAAGUUAAGGGGGAUGAAAACGAAUCAACACAGAUGAAAAAUGACGCAACUAAGGAGGACCAGUCAGCUUCUGUGAAUGAUAUAGAUGGUGCCUUGUGUGAGAAGUCAGACGCUAUGAAUGAGAACGCCACAUCUGAUUCUAUGAAUGGGUGGGUACAUGUAAAGGAAGAGGACUGGGGGACUGAGGACUUCUAGGACUGAACAUGGGAAGAAAAAUGAUAUUAAUAACUUUUUUUGAAUGAUUGUAAAUUCUCCUUCUUGAGCUGAAAUGUUUAUGACAAUGCUACCACAUGAUGAAAAUAUAAAGAGACAACUUUAUUGUGAGCAAUGUUUCAAUCCCCCAUUCACAUUCAGAUUGUAAUCCCGUCUGACGAAAGUAUAACUAUUUUGCACCAUGUCUGUGGUAGGGUAUACCACUGGUCUAUAUUAUUACUGUGCUUAAUUCUUAAAAUAAUGUAUUUAUUCAGUUCUACGUUUUAUGUGGACACUUAGAGUGUUUGUUAUAAUAUCAUAGUACA